AUGGCGAUCAAUGCUUAUCUGGCUCUCGAACGCGUUUUUCAGUGGUACCGCGUCGCUCAUCGUUCAGGAUGGCCGCACCCCGGUCACUUGCACAAGAUCCUCGCGCAGUUCAGCAGUCUCUACUUGAUCUCCAUUGACGACCCUGGCGCCCUCGACGACAUCUUGGUGCCCCUGAUCGAUGGUAUUCCCGUUGCCGUGCGCACCGUCUUGUGUGUCGCUCUCGCCGCCGGAACCCAGCGGUUCGCCGAGUACAAGGCUAUCGUCCCUCGUACUACUCUGGCCCCGACAAGACUGGUACGCUCACGAUCAACGCUCACAAUCGACCGCGAGACGAUCAGAGCCUACGGCCGCUUCUGCACUGAUGAUGCCAUCCUCUUCGCUGCCUACCCUUCGCGCACCGAGAACCAGGAUGCUAUCAACUCUGGCGUCGUCGGAUCUCUCACUGACACCGCUCGUGCGCUUUCUGGUGCCAAGUGA